AGGCAGAGCCACAGUCAGUGCUGGUCGGAGCUGAGUGCGAGACAGCUGCUGACCUAAAACCAAGAGACAGGAACAAAACAGCUUAAAUUUAGCGAAAAUACGCUUAAAAACACUCCAGCAGCGCACCCCGCCUCACUAUUUACUGCAGUAAGGCGCUGAUUUGACUUUCAGUGUGCUGACAAAGAUAUCAAGAGAGAUUUGAGGACGAGGGCGUGACAGAGAGCCAGAGGAGCAGGCAAGCUGCUGCUGCAGGGGGAGGAAGAGCAGGCUAUGCACCAGCCAAAGCCAGAGGUCAAGAAAAAAAGUGCAAGAGUAGUGAAAAGGUAGACUGGUGGGUGAGGAGAGGGGGUCAUUUCGGCCAGAAAAAAAGCAAAGAGCUGCCUCUCUUUAUUGUUGCUGUGUGAACCAACGAGAAGGGGAGGAGGAUGUGAAGGAGAGCAACAGAAAGGAAAGGAGGCGACUUGACAAGAAAAUGCUCUCAGAGAUGAUGUGCAGAAGGAUCUGCCACCAGCAGAGGCAGCAGGACGAGAAGGAGGCUGCGCACAGGGACGCUGGCAGCCGCAGGAAGCACGGCUGGUCCAAGAGCUGCAGAGGGCGCCUGCAGGGGCGCAGAGGAGGAGGUGGAGGAGGAGGUGGAGGGUGGCCAAGAGGGCGCAAUAAUCACCAACAGCACCCUAAGCGUCAUCAUCACCACCAGCACCACCACCACCAUCAUCAUCACCACCAUCCCCGGGACAUCCAAAGGCCGGAGAUGUCCCUCCGUCCCAUCAACAUACAGGGGAACAGAGCGAGGGGGAUGCGCGCCCCCAAGAACACCAACCAGUUUCUGAUGCACGAGAAGUACCAGAUGCUGCACAUGCGCUCGGACUCGGUGGGCAGCGACAGCGGCAGCGGCUCCGAAAGCGACAUGGAGCUCACGGACAUGGACUCGUACCUGGGCGUCCUGGAGAAUGCCAGGGGAGCCCUCCUGGACAGUCCCAACCCACACGGCUCAACAACACCCCCCGGGCCGAUCCUGGUACUGCACGAGGACGGGCUGUGUCUGCAGGACAGCCUGCGCCUGCAGGAAGACAGCAUGCCCUAUUUCCCCUCCGAAGACGACCUGAUGCAGAGCCAGAACUUUAUGCAAAGGGACUUUGUUGAGUUUUGUGACAUCCUGACGCCCUGAAGGGGAAACCUUCAGACUUUUUCUUUAAACCUCAGACUGAACGCGGAAAGGUUUGUUCUGCUUCAUGUUUGUAAAAGACAAAAGGUCUCCACUUGUUCAGUCAUUUAGCCUUAAAGUCUUAAAAGUCUGCCGACAGGAUGAGAUGAUUCACUUUCCAGCAGAUGUUCACUCUUGCACUGAUCUUCUUGUCUUCAUUUUUCUGUGUAAGUUACUGGCACUAAUGUUAGAAGAACAAGGAGGACCAAGCUAAGAACAAGUUGAAUUAUCUCAUCCUGCGUGUAGAAAAUAAGUUUAGCAGAAUGGAAGAACAAAUGACCUUAUUGAGAUGGAUUUUUUUUUUUUUUUUUUACAGUUUUUGAUUGGGUUACAUUUGAUGGUGUGUUGUGUGUCUGUGAAAGUGCUUGCAUUUGUGUUAUUAUUGUUGCACACAAAGGGACAUGGGCUGGAUGGGGGGAGUGAACCCAAACAGCCAAUCCGCAUCGAGCUGAGUGGACUAGGCUGCAGACCAUUGGCUGUGGCAGACUUUCAUCAAGAAAAAG